UAAUGUAGCACCACAGACUUUAAAGUCACCGGAACAGAUACUAGAUACUUUAUUUCAACGUACAUGCUCCAAAUUUAGCCCCUCAAGAUGGACAAGAUAAUGAUUUGCAUCAUUGGGUCGGGCAACUGGGCGACGACCAUUGCCAGGAAUGUGGGCAGGAAUGUGAUGAACUCGCAGACACUUGACGAGAAGGUGCCCAUGUACGUGUACGAGGAAAUCGUCGACGGUCGCAAGCUCACCGAGAUCAUCAACACCACCCACAUAAAUGCCAAGUACAUGCCGAACUUUGAACUGCCGCCGAAUAUUGUGGCCGUGGACGACAUAGUGGCCACGGCCAGGGAUGCCGAUAUCAUAAUAUUCGCCAUCCCGCCCACCUUCGUCAGUAGCUGCUGCAAAACGCUGCUGGGAAAAGUGAAGCCCACUGCCCACGCAGUCUCCCUGAUUAAAGGAUUCGAGCGCGGCGAUGAUGGGCAGUUCGUGCUGAUAUCCCAGAUCAUAAUGCGGCAGCUGAAGAUUCCCUGUUCCGUCCUGGUGGGCUGCAAUCUGCCCUACGAGCUGGCUCAUGAUCACUUUGCCGAGGGCACAGUGGGCUGUCGAGAUCAGAAGUACUACCGAGUGCUGCACGACAUCUUCAAGUCGCCCACCUUCCGCGUGGUGGUUACCGAGGAUGCCGAUUGUGUGGAAAUCUGCUCCACUCUGAGGAACAUAAUAGCCUUUGCGGCUGGUUGUUCAGAUGGCAUGGAGUUGAACGAGAACACAAAGGGUGGCAUCAUUCGGAGGGGAUUUUUGGAGAUGCUUCAGUUUGUGGAUGUCUUUUACCCAGGCUGCCGCAUGGGAACCUUCUUUGAGUCAUGCGGAAUUUCAGAUUUGGUCACUAGUUGCUAUGCCAACCGCAAUCGCAAGUUGGCCGAGGCCUUUGUCAAGACAGGAAAGCCUCUCAGCGAGCUGGAGCACAUCCUUAUACCAGGACACGAGCCACUGGGUCCGGUGACAGCCGAACUGGUGCAUCAUAUGCUCAAAAAGAAGGGCUUGGAGGAUAAAUUUCCCCUCUUCACAUGUGUUUACCGGAUCUGCACUGGGGACUACCCCCUGCACCGCCUGGUGGAAACCCUGAUUAAGGCACGGGAGGAUAUCUUUCACCCGCUCCACACAUUCCAACUUUGAGCGCGUUUGUUUAGUAAUAAAAUUAUUUAAAUAAAACCAA